AUGUCGGACGGAGAAGAGACUCAAUCCAACCCCCCCGUCGCCGCCGACGAGGUCGAGGUCCCCGCCGAGACCGGCGCCACCGGCCAGAUGUCGGUCCUCGACGCCCUCAAGGGUGUCCUCCGCAUCUCCCUCAUCCACGACGGUCUUGCCCGCGGUCUCCGUGAGGCCGCCAAGGCCCUCGACCGUCGCCAGGCCCACAUGUGCGUCCUCAACGAGGGCUGCGAGGAGGAGGCCUACAAGAAGCUCGUUAUCGCUCUCUGCUCCGAGCACAAGAUCCCUCUGAUCAAGGUCCCCGACGGAAAGAUGCUCGGCGAGUGGGUUGGUCUUUGCCAGCUCGACCGUGAGGGUAACGCGCGCAAGGUCGUCAACUGCUCUUGCGUUGUUGUUAAGGACUGGGGUGAGGAGAGCCAGGAGCGCUCUGUCCUCCUCAACUACUUCCAGACUGAGCAGUAG